GCAGACGGAUAUGGAAAGAUAGAAGAGAGAAUCAAAACAAUGGCGACUGUGAAAUUCUCUCUCACCUUCGUUUCACCAUCACUACCUUCUUCUUCUUCUUCUUCUUCUUCUUCUUCUUCUUACUCUCUAAUCCCCAAUGCGGCGCGUGCGUUCAACGCGACACCUUCGCCGGCAAAGUCUGCGAAGUCGCGAUUCAUGGGUAAGUGCCUGAGAGCAAAACCGGCGAAAUCCAUAGCAUCUCGAUCCGGCGGAAUCACCUGCUCUGCUUCGUCUUCUCCGGCGACUCUUCCCUCUGCUCUUCUCUUCGAUUGCGACGGCGUUCUUGUUGAUACCGAGAAGGACGGUCACAGGAUCUCCUUCAACGACACUUUCAAAGAGAGAGAUUUGGGUGUUACCUGGGAUGUCGAUUUGUACGGCGAGCUACUGAAAAUUGGUGGUGGAAAAGAAAGGAUGACUGCGUAUUUUAACAAGGUAGGUUGGCCAGAGAAAGCUCCCAAGGAUGAAGCAGAGAGGAAAGUGUUCAUAGCUGGGCUUCACAAGCAAAAAACUGAGCUUUUCAUGGUUUUGAUCGAGAAAAAGCUUCUUCCUCUUCGACCCGGUGUUGCCAAGCUGGUUGAUCAAGCUUUAACGAAUGGAGUUAAAGUCGCUGUGUGCAGUACUUCAAAUGAGAAGGCGGUUUCUGCUAUAGUUUCAUGCUUGCUUGGACCAGAACGAGCAGAGGAGAUCAAGAUCUUCGCAGGAGAUGUGGUUCCCAAAAAGAAACCUGAUCCGGCCAUAUACAACUUAGCAGCUGAAACCCUUGGAGUUGAUCCCUCAAAAUGUGUUGUGGUUGAAGACAGCGCGAUCGGACUAGCAGCUGCAAAAGCUGCGGGAAUGACUUGUAUAGUUACAAAGAGUGGAUACACUGCGGAUGAAGAUUUUGUGAACGCAGACGCAGUUUUCGACUGCAUUGGAGACCCUCCGGAAGAGAGAUUUGAUCUGACAUUCUGUGGAAGCCUUCUCCAGAAACAGUUCGUUAGUUAAAUGUCACAAACCCCAUUGAGAAAGAAAUGAUCUUUAAUUGUUACUUUCUCAACAUUGGUGUGUAUAGUGAAAGAGAAAUAUUCAUUGUAAAACCAUAUGAUUCGAUUCUACACUAUAUCCCUGACAUUUCCUUAUAGCAGAUGCAUUGCUGGAUUGAGAUUUGUCUCAGGCAAUGAUUCAGUGGAAGUGCUUUGUAAUGGUACGACCUCAUCAUGAAUCUUUUUGCUCCAGUGAAGUCUCAACGGUCA